AUGGCCGCGUGUCGCGAAGCCCGCGCAGCCUCAGUUUCUGCGUCCUGGAGAUGUCGCAUUUCCCCAACUUUCUCGUCCACCACNNAACCACAGCCCGCUGCGUCAACUUCUACAAAUACCACAAAUGGCAACGCCAAGGCCGCAUCACAUGACCCUACCAAAAAGGUCAAACAAACACGCAAGAGGAGAGAUCCUGAGGUAGUGGCAGCAGAAAAGGCAGAGAAGGCUAAGAAGGCUGCUGAAAAGGCCGAAAGGGCGGCAGAGAAGGCUGCCGCUGCAGCGGAGCCUGCCAAAGAAAAGAAGCCUCGCAAGCCUCGUGAGCCCAAGGACCCCAAUGCCCCGACAGCUGGCUCGCUCAUGAAAAGUGAAGAGAAGAAGCCCAUUGUUGCAGCCCCACCAGCUCCUGCACGGCCUGCCUCCAGUGGUCAAAGAUAUGACCCCAUUCGCGCCUCUAUGACUGUGGACCCUUAUUCCACCCCUGCCAACACAUCGACUGCUUCACUUCAAGUCUCACCACACGCACACAGAGCAAGCGCGUCACCUGCAAUUGCAAGUCUGAUCAAUCCUCCUGCCCCUAGCGACACACUCAUGUCACCUCCUGUGGUUCCAUCUGUCCCUGCUCAGAUAAAGUCACCGAGCGCCUCUGCUGCUAUGCCGCCUCCUCCCAGCGUCAAUCGCCAGCCAGAAGUCCAGCUCACGUCAAACACUCUCGCGAACAAUUCACCCCAAACAAUCUCGCAUCCACGUGCUGUAGUGAUGGAUGACGCCAUGGAUAUCGACGCUCACGAUGAGCNNAAAAGCAAGCACAGACCGUCACUAAGGUUGCAGACAAGGAAAAGGAGAAGGAUAAUCAGAAGCCCGCUGCCAAAUNCGUCUUCCGCACCAGCACAGAAGGCUAAGCGUGCCUCGCCCCCGGCUCCUACUGGCAGUGGUCUGCUUUCUGGUAGCGAUAUCUUUGGAGGACCAUCAGCCGUCACCGAGGACCACAAACGCCAUGGAGUGAACAUCGAUAUUGAAAUUCCCCUCAAUCCCGCGGGUAACAACACAAUCAACAUCGCCCAAGAGAUCUUGAAGAAGUAUGGCAAGAACGCCAUCAAUCCUCGUGCUGCAGCACACCGCGAACGUCUCUUACAAGUCGCCGCUGCAGCCAACCGCCUAGAGCCUGGUACUGGCGACGAUAUCUCUGUUGGUGACCUCAACUCCGAGGCCGAGAAUGACAGUAAUGUUGAAAUGGGUGGCAUGGAAGAAGAGAAGAAGGGCGACGAUGAACCUAAGAAGCGCCGCCGUAGAAAGGUGGAGGACUACGACAAGGAAGACGACUUUAUCGAUGACACGGAACUGGCUUGGGAAGAAGGCGCAGCAGUUGCUAAGGAUGGCUUCUUUGUCUAUUCGGGUCCGCUUGUGCCCGAAGGAGAGAAGGCUCAGAUCGAGACUUCUGCACCCUCUGGUCGUGGAAGAGGUCGUGGCCGUGGCCGCGGUCGUGGAGGCGCUACUGGUGUCACUCACGCUCAACUCGCCGCGAAGAAUGCCGAUCCAUCCGCUGCAGUGACUGCUUCGACAACUGGCAGAGGUCGAGGCCGUGGCCGCGGCACUGGAGCAACUCGCAAGCCACGCAUUACCAAGGCCGACAAGGAGAAGAUGGAAAGCGAAAAGGUGCAACGUGAGCGCCAGGCUGCUGCUCUUCCUCAGGCAACCCCUGCAGCAGUCUUUCUGACACCUGCUAGCAUGGCGCAAGUAUAA